GGUGGCUCCGGGAGCCGCCGGCUUUGGGAAGCAGGAAUCGGGGCGCCAUGGGCAGCGCGGAGGAGGAUUAUAACUUCGUCUUCAAGGUCGUCCUGAUCGGGGAGUCUGGGGUGGGCAAAACCAACCUGUUAUCCCGCUUCACCCGCAACGAGUUCAACCACGACAGCCGCACCACCAUCGGCGUGGAGUUCUCCACGCGCAGCAUCCUGGUGGGAGACUCCGUGGUGAAGGCACAGAUCUGGGAUACGGCCGGGCUGGAGCGGUACCGCGCCAUCACCUCCGCGUAUUACCGGGGGGCUGUGGGUGCCCUGGUUGUCUUUGACAUCACCAAGCACCAGACGUACGAUGUGGUGGAGCGGUGGCUCAAGGAGCUCUAUGACCACGCUGAGCCCAGCAUCGUGGUCAUGCUGGUGGGGAACAAGACUGACCUGGCACAGGCUCGGGAGGUGCCCAUGGAGGAGGCAAGGAUGUUUGCAGACAACAACGGGCUGUUGUUUGUGGAGACCUCAGCGCUGGAUUCCACCAACGUGGAGCAGGCGUUUGAGACCAUCCUGACGGAGAUCUUCCGCAAGGUGCAGCAGCAGAAGCAGAGGAGCGCCCAACCCCACACGGUGGCACUGGGCAGCGGGAGCCCCGGCAGCGCGGCCGCGGCGCAGGAGGAGAAGCGCCCGUGUUGCGUGGCCAUCUGAGGUGCGCACGCACCCCCGGGGCCCCCCAGGACAGCGCAGUGAUGCAGAGCCGGGUCUGCCAGGACCCCCUGCCCAGCCAUGGGAGCCUCUGCGA